AUGGGUCUUCAUUUUCAUGUUCUUUUUGUAAUAUCUGUUUUGUCAUCAUCAUCCGGGGACCCUACCGGUUGUACCUAUGAUGCAUCGACAAUCUUAUUCACCUGCAACGCAAGAAGUUGGAGUUUGCCUCUUGUUUUUUCUGACUUUACCACAGCUCAGCCGCAAAGACUGAUGCUGAAAGAUGUUGAUGGUGAAAUCUCAUCAAGUGCACCAAAUGGACCUGCAUUUUCGGGAUUCAGUAGUAUUAACACUGCUACUUUUGACCCAGACUAUGCGCCAGCCCUGUAUAUCAUGUGUUAUUUCGGAGGGCAGUUGAUUUUGGACAAAGAAGCGUUUGCCGAUUUCAGUUACAUUGAAGAAGUCAAAAUCCUAAACUGUGAUAUUCUAUCCAUUCCUGUUGAAGCAUUCUCUUACUUUGGAGAUGUCAACUUGUUCCACAUUGAAGGCGGAUCCAUUUCUAAUAUGGUGGCUGAUAGUUUCAAAGAUCUGAACGUAAAUCGAAUGACAACAGUACCGAAUCCUAAAGGAGAGUUCGCAAUUAUUAAUUCAGAGCUGACUUCCGGCGCAUUGGCGUUCGGAGCUUUGUUUAAUAUGCCAAAUAUAGAACGAGUGAUGAUUGAAAACGCGCACCUAUCAACAGUAACAUCCGACAUGUUCUAUGCUUUAUCAAAGUUGAAUUAUGCUUCCCUGAACUAUAACACAUUUACAACCAUCCCGAACAACAUGUUUGCCAAUGUCUUUGGCCUCGCCACAGUUGAUAUGUAUGGCAUCAGCUGGGACUGUUCCUGCGACAACCUCUGGUUCUUGGACUAUCUAACAGAGAACAAUAUCACUAUGAACGGUGACAUUGUCUGUAGCACUCCCGUUGAUUACGAAAAUAAACGUGCAACAAAGUACAACUUGGACACGUGUGUGACAGAUGGGGUCUGUGGUAGUAUAACAGGUAUUGGUAUUGGUAGUACGUGUGUGAGUAUGUUCGAGCUGAUCAACUACAUUCUCUUGUUAAUCACGCUCGUCAUAUCCUGUGCAGCUCUUGGUCUUAUUAUCCACACGAAGCGGCAAGUCAGUGAUACCAUAGAACCAAACAAGCCUGAACAAUCGCCUAGCAGGAACAUGAGCCAAAACAGAAUUUCUGGUAAUCAACGAGAGCCGCCGUCUUUAGAAGAAUUACAGGCUGGUCCGUUGCCUAAGAAACAAUCUGGAGCUACUAUUAGUAACAUGGAUGCCAUAGAUACGGAAGCUUAAUCAACGUGAUAUACAACUACAUGUAUAAAGAACUAAAUGAUAAUACAUGUUAAUGUAAAAUGAUUAUUAACUGUUGAUGCAUUCGUUGCGUAAUAAUUUGCAUGGUUUUGUUUGGUAAAAAGCGGAAUUUCAAAGUUUAAUAAAAUACAGUUUUCCUUAUUAACUUUUAUGCAGAUUUCGUCAAAACCAUUAAACCAAGUGUUCACGAUCAUUAAAAUCACAAAUGUAUUCUUUAAUCAACGAAUUUUAGUACUCUCGAAAUAACCUCUAAUCCUAGGUGAACAUUUUAUUUGUAUUACUGUUCGUUGCCAUUAAUUGUUGUUUUAAUUGACGAAUUCAUGUGUAUGAUUUUAUUUAUAAUUAUAUUCUGUUUGCAA